GAAUCAGCCCGCACCCACACCUUGAUCAGCUAGCUACACAUCGCACCGCCACCCGCAGGACCACUCAACCUUACAUCCAUGGCCGCGACAACGGUACCUGGCUGCUUUGCGUGCCAUGUGGACUGUGCAACGGGCUGUUCCGCCGACGAUCAACCCUUCGAUCACCCCGACUACGCUGACUACAAAAUACCGAGCUUUGACGAGAAGGACGCGGACGAGGCGGAGCUGCGAUCGACGCGACUGCAUAGCAAUAAUAGCAAGGAGGAGCCCCACGACUCAGAUAAAGGGGUGGAGAUCAGCACGGACGAGCCUGCGGAGGGCUCGUCCUUGAUGCGGUUCGUGUUGUGGGCUUUGAACGUCAAGAUUGACACGGGCGCAUGACCAUCCUACGGCGGAGAGAUACUGCUUUGACGACGUUUCGGGCGGCAGGCCUAUGCCUGCUGCCGCCUUUCACGGGGUGUGUCCGGGGUGGGUGAGGCCCACCUCGAAUAUGCCAUUCGGAGCCGCUGAGCUUGCUUGAUCCUACUGGAGUGAAAACUUGAAAACCGGAUGGAAGGGGGCCCGAUGUGUGUUGGGUGCGCCUUAGCCUUGGAGGGGAAGUGAGGCCCGGGAAAUUUGGGUUGCACCCCUCGCUUGGCGCUUCCUGCGGCCUCUCUGCGACGUACAGCAGUGUCCGUGUCACGCCGUGCUGCGGCAAUCGCUACCUGCUCGGUGUAUCUAGCUGGUGUUGGCCGGCAGCCAAUUAUUGCGUGCAUGCGUGCGUGUCAUCUUGCGCACGAGAUCAUCCUCGAUGGUUGUUAUCAUCUACCCGGCCCGUCGGCACGUACUUGUUGGAGCGGCAGUGUUCGUCUGCGUGGGGAAUGUUUGUUGGUGCACUGAGGAUGCAAGGGGCAUACCGGCUCGCGGUCUCGAAACGGGAAUUUUUGUUGGUCCCGUGAUUCCCAUAGGAAGUUGUCCUGUUAUUCCAGGGGGCUGCAGUUACCCGACAUUCUUCGUGGAGGGCAUGUCUUUUCAUGGCGAAUGGUGUCUUGUAGAAUAUUUCGUUUCUCGUGCAUCAGGAGGCUGUUGGAUUGAGUUUAAUGGAGGUGUAUAUAUUUGUCUAGCGCAGCAGUAAGUGCGUUGUAUCUUAGGUAUGUAGUUGCGACUAAAGGCGACAACCCGCGCAGAGGAGUUAGGGCUCAAGUAAUGCUGCGCGUGAUGCGUAAAGAAUGUGGCUGCGAUUGUCAUAUAAGUUGUUUCUUUUGUCCUGGUAGUUUUGUUUCAGUAGCGUGUUCGUUCUUUGGUCAAUCGUGAGCAAGACACGAGCGGACCUCCCCGCAGUUACGCUACUUGUAUCACGUUACGUUUACUUCUUCAUGUCUACUGUAGUGUUCUUGUUUCUGCAGCGUUCCGUGCAAGUGUGUGGGAGAUCAGCGCAUGUGAACCUCGGUUGAUCUGGUUGAGUCUACUCGACGAGCCUUUUGUUUGAUCUGGUUUGCAACGCGAAAUUUGUGCGCACAACUCGCCCGAUUGUUAGAAUCAGCGGUAAAGGAUAUUGGUGGAGAUAGGGCACGUUUCGUUUAGUUGCUGUUCAUCUACCUAUCUCUGGGGGGGGGUCGCGUCCCAGGUGUCAAAGUGGGCUUCGCUGCGCGCUUAAUAUUAGGAAGUAUUCUUCUUGCCUCGACUACGGCUAGCACCCGCAUUUCAGAACCUCUAGUUUUUGGCCGGGGCUGGUUUCGUAGUUGCUUGGGGUUAUGCCUCGAAUGGUCGCUAAUAGGUUUUAGUGAAGGGAUUCCUAACCGGAAUCCUCACAAAUGGUGCGCAAGGUUAGAUUAUGAGUUUGACGAGGCUAUAUCAACUUCUUGACUUUCUAAAUCGCCAAGUUCUGGAGUGCUAUGUAGUGCCAACUGUACACAACUACCAAACACUACUUCGGUUCCCCUCACAAGAUCACUUCGGAUCCUUGACAACCGACUACGUAGAUCGUCGAUUUCGAGAGGUGUUUACCCUACACCGUUGGUGGGUUGAGAGCGACUCAACGCUCCCACCAUGCGCCGUGAUUUCCGAGUUUACCAAGUUAGGGCGUUUUGCUUGCUUCCGCUAAAGAACACUUGUUUCGGUGCCUGCAUGCAUGUGGCUUUUUGGUCUUCCCC